UUAUCGAAUCGACAAAGCAAUACAAAUUUAUAUUUCAAAAAAUAAAGUGCAGAGGGAGAUUCUGGCUUAUAAAAGCAUAAUUCUUGCUGUAAAUGUUCAUCGGCAAGCUAUCACAUUUUCCAACGAUGUAAUAUCCAAAUUUCAAAUAAUGUUUAUGAUUUUAAUUGGAUCAGGAGUGUUCAGUUUAAGUCUAAAUAUUUUUCUAAUUUUUCAGAUUGUAUUAACUAAAUAUAAAACUGAAGACUUUUAUGUUAGUUUUUUAUUUAUAACGAUAACUUUUGUAUACAUGUUUAUCGCCAAUCUUGUCGGACAACAAAUUCUAGAUUAUAACAAUCAUGUAUAUAUUACAACAUAUGAAGUUAAAUGGUACGUAACUCCUGUAUCUGUGCAAAAGCUACUAUUGUUUCUGUUGCAAAGAGGUAGCAAGAAAUUUGGCUUGAAAGUUGGUAAAUUAUUUAUACCAUCCUUAGAAAGUUUUGGCAUGCUAGUAAACGCAUCCGUAUCCUAUUUUACUCUUAUGUAUUCAAUGCGAUAAUCGUAACGUAAUAUACAUACAUCAAUUAUAUAGUUCAUAGUUUAUAGUGAUAGUUAAAAGCGUUCAAUAUACCUCAUGUGUAAAAAAGACAAAUACAAUAUGCGAUAUAUAAU